CCGUUUACUUUUUCUUGCACUUUAGGUGCUACAAUAAGUCAAGCAAAUACAAAUGCAGAGCCUGCGUGCCCCCGCCCCUUUCCGGGCUGUGAAGCCUGCUUCGCGGUCCGCGUUCGCGCCCGUGCGUAUGCCGGUGGCCACCGCUCGCCAGGUGGCUGUCUUUGCGAAGGUCAACCAGUGGCCUGACCCGGAGUUCAUUAAGGAGACCCUGGAGGCCUUCCCUGACAAGGGCAUUGCUACUGUGGAGGAGGCUCGGUGCCUUUUCUCCAACGGUGGUUAUACCUGGCUGGACGUGCGCUCGGAGCUGGAGAACGAGGAGGUCGGCAAGGUGAAGGGCAGCGUGAACGUGCCCUUCGUGCACCUGAAGCGUGUCUACAACCCGGAGACUCAGGAGCGCGACAUGAAGAAGACCCCCAACCCCGACUUCGUUAAGCAGGUCGAGAAGCGCUUCCCCAAGAAGGACACCAAGCUCAUGGUGGGCUGCUCCAACGGCAAGGCCUACUCCAUCGACGCGCUGGAGGCGCUGGAGGAUGCGGGCUACGAGAACCUGUGCUUCGUGCGCGGCGGCUACAACGCCUGGUUCCGCAUCUUCGACAACAAGUUCGCCCGCCGCAACUACGGCGAGUACCAGGAGCGCUACGACGGCUACGACCAGCUGUCCAUGGGCGACAGCUGCGGCAUCCACGCCUCGGGCGCCGGCUUCGACAAGGUGGACAAGGCCGACCGCUGGUCGCUGCCCGUCUACUAAGCGGCGACUGCUAAGCGGCGACUGCUCAGCGGCGAUUCCUAAGCGGCGGCUCUGCUUAUGGCGUAGAGGUCUGAGUUUGGGGGCCGGCAAGGGUGGACGGGCAUGGGGAGGCGGCUUGUUGUGGCGCUGGCUUCCUUCGCGGGAGCUGGCGGGAGCUGCGGGUUCGGCGGCGGCGCUGGUCCUGGCAGAGCGUGGACUGCUGGCGCGAGCGGCAGCGGCACGGUGUGCAGUCGCUGCACGCGCGGGUGCGGGCUGCACCGGCCGUGAUGGUGCAGCCGAUGCGGCAGGAGCAAGGAGGGCAAGGCGCUGGCGGCUUGGGUGGCUGGCGGGAUGGGGCGCUUCAGACCUGUGACGUGCGCGGAGCCUACGGGCAGCUGCUCGUGCUGGGGAUGAAGCGAAGGGAUGGGGCAUCGUGUGCGUGCGUGUGCAGGAGUGGUUCUGACAAUCGAAGUGCGCUGCCAGAAAUGGCACUCGGAAGCGUGUGCCUAUGCAUGCGUGUGAGCUCCGUCGCUGUGGCAUGUGAUGUGUAAGGGCUUGUUGGAGGAUGAUGGAGGAGCAUGUGGGUCGUAUGCCUUUGUGGGACUCGGGAACUGAGGUGUUGGAGCAGGCUUGGGAGAGAGGGUGAGCGUGGGGAAGCCCACUGCAAGACAAUUUUGGUGCGAGGAUGAGUGUCAAGAGCAGACCGAGCGUUUGUAAUGCUUGCAAAGC